AUGCAGAUUCAAAACACAGAGCUCUCUCUUUCCUUCGAUAAAUGGCGUCAUAUCUUCAAACAACACUUCCCGUCAUUGGAACAAUACGUAUCAGUCUACAAAGAUUUCCAUGAAAACCCUGAGCUACCGGGCCAAGAGUCACGCACUGCGGCUAUUGUCGCUGAGCAUCUCGAGUCUCUCGGCUAUAAGGUCGAAAGAAACAUAGGUGGCCAUGGAGUUGUGGGUAUCUUGACCAACGGGGAAGGGAGCACAGUAUUGCUCCGUUCAGAGCUGGAUGCCUUGCCAAUGGAGGAGGACACGGGGCUUCCUUACGCCAGCACAGCGAAGCAGCUGGACACUGAUGGAAUUGUGAAGGGGGUCAUGCAUGGCUGUGGUCAUGACAUGCAUAUGGCCAGCUUAUUGGGCGCUGCAGAACUACUGAAAAAAGUGAGGGAUUCUUGGUCGGGCACACUGAUCUGCGUUUUUCAACCAAAUGAGGAGCGACUGCUUGGUGCCCGGGCCAUGAUUGACGACGACCUUUUUGGUAAAAUACCUCUGCCUGAUAUCGUUCUUGGUCAGCAUGCCGUCCCGACGAGGGCGGGCACCAUCGGCACUCGCCGCGGCCGCGUACUGGGCUUUCUCGACUCAUUGGCUGUUCGUGUUUACGGCAAGGGAACACACUCAUCAACGCCUGAGCUGGGAAUCGACCCUAUCUUGAUGGCGAGCACCAUCAUUUCACGCCUUCAGAUGGUUGUCGCUAGAGAGAUUGAUUUCAAGGAACCGUGUGCAGUCACCAGUGGCUAUUUCCAUGGCGGCACGGACGCCAGUAUCAUACCGGAGUUCGCGGACUUCAAAGUCGACGUUCGGUCGUUCAACAAGGAUAUACAGACAAGGGCCGUCGAGGCGGUGAAGCGCAUCAUCGAAGGGGAGUGUCAGGCUGCCAAUUCUCCCAAAAAGCCCCGGAUUGUGACCUCUGCCAGCUGCCCUCCAAUUGACAACGACAGCGAGGCGACAGACAAGUUCACUUCGGCACUUCGUAUCUUCUACGGCGACGAGGCUCCGCAAAAGGUCAUCCAGAUGGACCUUGACAUUACUGCAGAUGAUUUCGUUCUUCUGGCACAUCCGCCAGGCGAGAAGCCGAUCCCAUACGUCUAUUGGAACUACGGUGUGACUCCACGUGAGGAGUAUGACGAGGCCGAAAGGAAUGGUACCUUGGCCGAUUUGCCGUUCAAUCACAACCCAAGAUUUGCGCCAGAGAUUGAGCCCUCUCUGCAGGCUGGAAUUGAAGGGUUGGCCAUCGCCUCGGUUGCAUUCUUCGGAUAUUGA